AUGCGGACCAAGUCCAUUUUCCAUGGGGCUCUUCUGGGCUUCUUGCUGUGCUGCUUGUUUGCUUUGAGCUGCUAUGGCGAGGCCACUUCUUCAGGGCUCACUGUAACCAAUGAUGGAAAGCCUCACAAUGAAGAAUUCAAAGUGGCUGCAGUUCUCAACCCAGAAGAGAAAUAUUAUUUCAAGAAACCUCUUCCACAUGCCCCAUACUUUCAGAAACCAUUUCCACCCUUUAAGAAAAGAUUUCCACCAUUUCCACCACAUGACCAUAUUUUCAAGAAACCAUUUCCCCUACAUAUUCCAAUUCUCAAGAAACCACUUCCACAUGAUCAUGAGCAUCAUCAUAUUUUCAAGAAACCACUUCCCCCACAUGAUCAUAUUUUCAGGAAACCACUUCCCCCACAUAUUCCAAUUCUCAAGAAACCACUUCCCCAUCAUGAGCAUCAUAUUUUCAAGAAACCACUUCCACCACCACAUAAGCAUCAUCAUAUUUUCAAGAAACCUCCACCACAUGAUAAGCAUCACAUUUUCAAGAAACCACUUCCACAUGAGCAUCAUAUUUUCAAGAAGCCACUUCCACCACAUGAUCAUCAUCACCAUCAUCAUCAUCAUCAUCACCAUAUUACAAUUCUCAAGAAACCACUUCAACAUGAUCAGAAUCCUAUUUUCAAGAAGCCACUUCACCCAAAAGUUCUAGUUUUGGAAAAGUCAUUAUUACCACCACCAAUUCCAGAUUUCAAGAAACCACUUCUCCAUCCAAUUCCACUUCAUAAGGAGCCACUUCUGCCCCCAAUUCAAGUUCACAAACCAAUCAUCAAGAAACCCAUUCCUUAG